GUGAAACUUUCACCGGAAGUAGGUAUGACUGCGGAAGCGCCGUACGGUUUAUUACGCUAACUGGAGUUGGUGUACAUUUGUAGUGAUUUUUAGAAGGUCUAGCAGUCUAAUAAUGUCGGUUUAUUAAAUUCGAAGCUCGCUCAUCUCUAUCGGCAGAGCUGCAGCUCAGUCUGAGUUAAUUCUAUGCCUUUAUAACUGAUCGUAUCUGUUUUUUAAAUUGUGUUGAGGACUGAGAGUGAACUCACCUGCCACAUAUCCGGGGACAGGUGAGCUAUGCCCGCAGGAGGUUUAUGUGAAGAUGGAGAAUCUGCGCUCACGGCUGACGUUUGGGAGCAAAGUGGAGGACGUGAAACUGAGGAAACGUAAAUCCCAGCUGUACUCCAAGGAAGAGGAGAGCCUUCUGAGGAGCGGUGUGCUGAGGGUGGCUGUGUUUUGUGUGGCGUUCAGACUGAUUAACUGUCUCCUGGUUCAGACCAGCUUCGUCCCGGAUGAGUACUGGCAGUCUCUGGAGGUCUCCCAUCGGAUGGUCUUCAAUUAUGGGUAUCUGACCUGGGAAUGGACAGCAGGAAUAAGAGGUUUCUCAUAUCCACUUCUCUUUGCAUUCUUAUACAAGCUAUUACACUUCAUAAACUACGACUCAGUCCAUCUCCUGAUUUGGCUUCCACGGAUUCUUCAGUCACUUCUGGCUGCAUUUGCUGAUGUGAAAUUCUUCUUCCUGCUUCAAAUGCUGGAAAAUCAUGAUGUCGCGAGAUGGACGUUCUUCUGUCACAUGUGUUCCUGGUUCACAUGGUUCUGCUGCACCAGGACUCUGACCAACAGCACAGAGGCCACCCUCACCUGUCUGGCUCUUUUUUAUUUUCCUCUGCCCAGGUCCAAAACACACAGCAGUAAAAAGUACUUGGCCCUGGUGGCCUUGGCUGUGAUUAUUCGCCCGACAGCCGUGAUCGUCUGGUUUCCUCUGCUGAUGUAUCAUUUCUGGCAGGAAGACAACAAACUGAGGCUCAUCACUCAUAACUACAUUCCUACAGGGACGCUAGCCGUUGUCAUCUCAACAGCGAUCGACUGUUUUUUCUACGAAAAGUGGACGCCGGUGCAGUUCAACUUCCUCAAGUUUAACAUCUUCCACGGUGUGGCUGAUUUCUAUGGCUCUCACCCCUGGCACUGGUACCUCACUCAGGGCUUCGCCGUUGUGAUCGGCCCUCAUCUUCCUCUCUUUCUUCACGGAUGCACGCUCGCCUUCAGGAGGUACAAAAUCCUGCUGGCAGCCGUCGUCUGGACCAUUGCGGUUUACAGUUUGCUUCCACACAAGGAGUUCAGAUUCAUCUAUCCAGUGCUGCCUUUCUGUAUGGUCUUCUGUGGGAUAUCUUUGGCUCAUUUGAAAUCAUGGCGUCGACCUGCAGCGGCCAUCUUGUUAGUGGCCAACCUGGUUCCUGCUCUGUACACCGGUCUGAUUCACCAGCGAGGGACCCUGGACGUCAUGAGCCACCUGCAGACACUCUGUGACGUUGGCAACAUCUCCACCACCCGUCCACAGCUGGACGUCCUCUUCCUCAUGCCCUGCCACUCGACACCGUUCUACAGCCACGUCCACUGCCCGAUGAAGAUGAGGUUUCUCGAGUGUCCUCCAGAUCUGGGAGAGGAAGCUUACGUGGAUGAAGCUGACAGUUUUUACAAGGAGCCUCUUCUCUGGCUCAGGACUUCACUCUCACACAAAUCAUCUCUGCCCACCCAUCUGAUCAUGUUUGAUGUCUUGGAAAAGGAAAUCUCUGUAUUUUUGGAAGGGAAUAACUUUGUGAGGACAGCAGAGAUAUUUCAUACUCAUUUUCCUGAGGGAAGAGUUGGUAGAAGCAUCUUUAUUUAUGAAAGGCACUGACAAACACUGGAACAAUGGCAACUUUCUGUUUUAUGGCAAAAAAAGGUUUGUUUGUUUUUUAAAACAGAAAUAAAUAUUUUACACUCAAA